AGCUGCUCUGUGUGGGACUAAGAGAUCCACAGUGCAAGCUGGAGAUACUGAGACUCUCUAAUGCUAAUGUCUCAGAUAAAGGAUUCUUUUGUCUGGCUGUCAUUCUGAUGUUAAACGCCCGUGUGAAAGACCUGGAUGUAAGCCGCAACCAACCUGGGGAAUCAGCACAGGAGCUGUUAUCUGCUACACUAAAGGAUCGCCACCGUGAGAUUACAGAGCUUCGACUAGCUGGUUGGAAACUUGGUGACAAGUCCUGUGAGAUGUUGGCCUGUGUUCUGCAGUCAGCAAACUCCCUGACAGAACUGGACCUGAGUGACAAUAACCUGAGAGAUUCUGGAGUUCAGUUUCUCUCUAAAGGAUUGUCUAGUCCUCACUGUAUACUGCAGACAUUAAGGCUGAAUCAGUGUCACCUCUCUAAAACGAGCUGUAAACACAUGGCAUCAGUGCUACAAAGGAAACCUUCCCAUCUGAGAGAGCUGGACAUGAGUGGCAAUGACCUGCAGGAUGAAGGAGUGGAGCUGCUCUGUGUGGGACUAAGAGAUCCACAGUGCAAGCUGGAGAUACUGAGGCUGAAUCAGUGCCACCUCUCUAAAACAAGCUGUAAAAACAUGGCAUCGGUGCUACAAAGGACACCUUCCCAUCUGAGAGAGCUGGACAUGAGUGGCAAUGACCUGCAGGAUGAAGGAGUGGAGCUGCUCUGUGAAGGACUAAGAGAUCCACAGUGCAAGUUGGAGAUGCUGAGACUCUCUAAUGCUGGUGUCUCAGAUAAAGGAUUCUUUUGUCUGGCUGUCAUUCUGUUGUUAAACCCCUGUGUGAAAGACCUGGAUGUGAGCCACAAUCAACCUGGGGAAUCAGCACAGGAGCUGUUAUCUGCUAUAAAGGAUCCUCACCGUGAGAUUAAAGAGCUUCGACUAGCUGGUUGGAAACUCGGUGAUACAUCCUGUGAGAUGUUGGCCUGUGUUCUGCAGUCAGCAAACUCCCUGACAGAACUGGACCUGAGUGACAAUAACCUGAGAGAUCCUGGAGUUCAGUUUCUCUCUAAAGGACUGUCUAGUCCUCACUGUAUACUGCAGACAUUAAGAGUAGCUGGUUGUAAACUCAGUGAUAAAUGCUGUAAGAUUUCGGCCUGUUCUCUGCAGUCAGCAAACACCCAGGCAGAACAGUGUGUAUGA